AGUUCAGAUCGGAAGUCAACCUAGGAUGCCGGUGUAUCUGCGGACCUCAACAUGGGCUCUCGUCACGCUGGAGUUUCUCUGCAGGAGGAGACCGCUCGUCCUCCGGUCCAGCAAGGCAGCAUAUCACUCACACUGCAGUAGUUUUUUCCAGAAAAAAGGACCGUUUAGCCGUGUGCUAACCCCGUUCACACCACCGGGAACAGCCACCGACGUUACUUCCAGACUCCGUUCCAUUUGUGACGUUCCGGUGUGCAGAAGAAUAAGCAUGUCGUCCACCGAGAUGUCCCAGAGAAUGGUUUGGGUGGACCUGGAGAUGACAGGUCUGGACAUUGAGAAGGACCAGAUCAUUGAGAUGGCAUGCAUUAUCACAGACUCUGACCUGAACGUUUUGGCAGAGGGGCCCAACUUGAUAAUUAAGCAGCCGGACCAGCUGCUGGAAGGCAUGUCAGAGUGGUGUAAAGAGCAUCAUGGAAAGUCAGGACUGACCCAGGCUGUACGGGACAGCAAAAUCACCCUGGAACAAGCAGAGUACGAGUUCCUGUCCUUUGUCAGACAGCACACCCCGCCUGGACAGUGUCCACUUGCUGGUAACUCUGUGCAUGCAGACAAGAGGUUCCUGGACAAGUACAUGCCACAGUUUAUGUAUCACCUUCACUACAGAAUCAUUGAUGUCAGCACCAUAAAGGAGCUUUGUAGACGGUGGUUUCCAGAGGUAUACAAGAUGGUUCCUCACAAGAAAGCAUCCCACAGAGCCUUGGACGACAUCUGGGAGAGCAUUAAAGAGCUGCAGUACUACAGAGCCAACGUCUUCAAAGCCUCAACGGAGGGGAAGAAGAUUGUAGAGAAUGGAGGCAGCAACAAUAGUUAGCACACACCAUUAAGACUAUGGAGCCUUCAGUGUUGUGUUGUUUCCUAAAGAAAGCAGUUUCAUCAUGUAAACUCGAUUUUACUUUCUGUUCAUAUUUAGCUGCCCGAUGGUCAUUUAUUUCAGUAUUGUUCAAAGUUUAAUACAGAGGUUUCAUCAAAGGGAGUCAGAUUGUUUAUUCAAGUUUAAAAGAGGAACGUUUGAAUAUGACCUCUGGUAGUUUGCAGUUUUGUAUUUAUUUAGACAUCUGGGAUUGAUUCUCAUUUUCCCUUGUUUUUAAAAUGAAACCAAAUAAACUAUGGUCCCUGUGGAAACCG